AGCUCAGUCUGCAAGUUGUAACGGGGUCGCGAUGACGAGGAAGAAGGGUCCAGACUAUGGCAAUCAGUGUGCGCACUGCACACUACACACAUACCUUUACGUUGUACAGUUUCAAGUGGAGGAUUCAUCGCUUACUGUGACAUUGACCACGGGCAGCUCUAGUCCCGCGCCACAGUAAAGGUUGAAGCCCCCAACCCCAGUCGGCCAGGCGAAGGAGCGGUCAGGGCAAGCUAAACGAAACGGGGAUCUUCGGUGUGCGCUGGGUGUGACCUCAGAUUUCUCCAGUCUCUUCUCAGUUGUUGCUCUCUCUACUCGAGUCCCCGGAGCCGUACAACGUACACGUAGAAGGUAUUGGCUGAUGAUCGGCCAACGCGAGCAGCCAUGGAACCAGACAAGAAGCAAUUGAAAGUGGUGAUUCUAGGCGGCUCCCUUGCGGGGCUGAUGUGCGGCAUCGCCCUAAAGCAUGCAGGGCACGAAGUGACGAUCAUCGAAAAGGGCGAGAACGUCCGGCAGAGCCAUAUGGCAGGCGUAUGUCUGGGGCUCGACGCCGAACGGUUCCUAGAACGCCACGACCGGCUCAGCAACGUCUUUUCCCACCGAUGCCUCCGUAUACAGGCUCUGAAGAGCGACGAGACGGUUCAAGUUUUCAUCAACGCGCGCCGCGACAUCACCAACUGGGACGCGUACUACUUCCGCCUUCGCGCCAACUUCGACGGUUACAAGAGCUCCUUCUACCCGAUUCCGCCCCAACCGUCGGCGACGGACGGCCCAAGCAGCUACAACGCCCGGAGAGAGGUUGUGGACCUCACACGGACGGGCGACCGUGGCAAUACCAAACUGGUGCUGUCCGUAUUGGACCACGAUACCCGGGACGUGUCGAAAGUGGAAGCCGACCUCGUAGUGGGAGCCGACGGGCCCGACUCGUUCAUCCGAGCCAAGUAUAUUCCCGAAUCGAAGCGGCGAUAUGUAGGAUACAUCGCGUGGCGGGGCACGGUGCCGGAGAGCGAGGUCUCGGAGGCGACGCGCGACGUCUUCAAGCGCAGCGUGACGAUCCAUCUCAUGGAUCGGCACCACUGUCUCGUCUACACGAUCCCCGGAGUGGAUGGGUCUCUGGAGAAAGGCGAGAGAUACCUCAAUUUCCUCUGGUACACCAACGAGACGCCCGAGGCGCUGGACGAGAUCCUGAUCGACGGCAUCGACGGUCACCGGCACCAUAAUAUCGUGCCGUCCGGGCACGUCCGGAAGGACAUCUGGGAGGCCCGCCUGCAGACAGCCAGGUCGAUUCCGCUGCCCGGACCAUUCCUCGAGAUCAUCACGAAGAUCGAGAGGCCGUUCAUCCAGGUCAUCACCGAGGUCAUCUCGCCGCGCGCGUCGUUUGAAGAUGGCAGGGUGCUGCUGAUGGGUGACGGACUGUCCUUGUACCGCCCCCACACGGCCUUCAGCGGCACGCAGGCGGCAUUCCACGCGCUGAAGGUCGAGGAGUACGUCGAGGGCAAGAUCUCGGCGCAGGAAUACGAGGAGAAGGCUCUGCGGUAUGCGCGGCUGCACUGGUCGCAGAGCAUCUGGUAUGGUGAUUUCUACCAAUACAGUAAAUGGACCGCGUUGAAAUCGGCAUUGUAUUACUGGUUUCACUGUGGGAUAGACCGGGUCAACUCAUGGUGGACGGGCGAGGAACGGUUGUUGCGCGGAUGGUCAAAGGUGGUGGAGCAGUAUGAUGACGAAUAAGGGGGAUUCUCUUGGUUGUUUCCCCUUUGCUUUCCUGAGACGGAUGAUUUUGGGGUAGCAUGCAUGAUGGUAUUCUGGCAUCAAUUUGGGAUUUUCUUUCCGUCUCAGCCCAGCUCCCCGUCCUGCUUCCCAUCGUGGUCUGGGAAGCAAGUGGAUAGUGGAUAGGAAUGCCUAUAUCCGUAGUCGUACUCGCAGACGACAGCCACGGGUCAAGUCGCGAGGGCCAAUUGGCGCGAAUUCACGAAUAGCCCGAGAACAGUAUGACUUGCUUAUGGAUUUGUGGUUAUUGGACAAACUAGUUGACGCCGUUAGCGGGUUUAGCGGUCGGUC